GUCCUCCCUCCCUGUGGAGCUGGCCACUGCUGCGCCCCCUCCCCCUCCCCGGCCCUCCCGGCCCGCUCAAAGAAGCUUUCUCUUCCCGCGGCAUGGAGGCCAGGCCUCUGCGGUCAGGGAGCUGACAUGCAAGCGGCCGCCGGGCGGCGGGGCGUCCCCGGUGGUGGCGGGAAGCGGUUCAAUCCCAGCCCUCCCUCCGAGUCCCCGGUCAGCGGAGUGUAAACAGCCCGGCUCGGGCGGGGCUGGGGGCGGGCCCGCCCAGGGGAACUGAAGCUCUGGAGGCCCGUGUGGGUCUCUCCGGUGCCUCCGGGGGCUUUCGGGGUGAGGUCAUGGCUUUCACUCUGAUGUCACGUUGGACAUAUGACGUCACGCGCAGCCACCACGUCCAGAGGCCAGGGUCCUCGCGCCAAAACCGAGUACUUUCGGUGGAGCUACCGGCGCGCCCCUACGACGGCGGGUAGGGGCCUGGGUAGCGCCAGGCUAAUCCGGGGGCCUCCACCCUUCCUUCUCGCUCUUCUCCCUCACCCCACCGCGACCCCCCAGCGGCCGCCGGUGGGGGCCGGGGAGGGGCGGAAACGCCUCCUGGGAACCCGGCCCCGCCUCCCGCCCCGCCUCCCGCCGCAGGGCCAGGAAGCGCGGAAGGGACCGCCGGGGGCCAUGGACGGAGCCGUGAUGGAAGGGCCGCUGUUUUUGCAGAGUCAGCGCUUUGGGACCAAGAAGUGGAGGAAGACCUGGGCCGUGCUCUACCCGGCCAGUCCUCACGGCGUAGCGCGGCUCGAGUUCUUUGACCAUAAGGGGUCGAGCUCUGGGGGUGGCCGAGGGAGCUCGCGCCGCCUGGACUGCAAGGUGAUCCGUCUGGCUGAGUGUGUGAGUGUGGCCCCUGUUACCGUGGAGACCCCGCCUGAGCCCGGCGCCACUGCCUUCCGCCUGGACACUGCUCAGCGCUCGCACUUGCUGGCGGCCGACGCGCCGUCCAGUGCAGCCUGGGUGCAGACGCUGUGCCGAAACGCCUUUCCGAAAGGCAGCUGGACUCUGGCGCCUUCAGAUAACCCACCUAAGCUUUCUGCCCUGGAGAUGCUGGAGAACUCCUUGUACAGCCCCACCUGGGAAGGAUCCCAAUUCUGGGUAACGGUGCAGAGGACUGAGGCCGCCGAGCGCUGUGGCCUGCAUGGCUCCUACGUGCUGAGGGUGGAGACUGAGAGGCUGACUCUCCUGACCAUGGGGGCCCAGAGUCAGAUACUGGAGCCACUUCUGUCCUGGCCCUACACUCUGUUGCGUCGCUAUGGCCGGGACAAGGUCAUGUUCUCUUUCGAGGCCGGCCGCCGCUGCCCCUCCGGCCCUGGAACCUUCACCUUCCAGACAGCACAGGGAAAUGACAUCUUCCAGGCAGUUGAGACUGCCAUCCACCGGCAGAAGGCCCAGGGAAAGGCCAGACAGGGGCACGAUGUUCUCAGAGCUGAUUCCCAUGAAGGGGAGGUGGCAGAGGGGAAGUUGCCUUCCCCACCUGGCCCCCAAGAGCUCCUUGACAGCCCCCCAGCCCUGUACGCUGAGCCCUUAGACUCCUUGCGAAUUGCUCCAUGCCCUUCCCAGGACUCCCUAUACUCAGACCCCUUGGACAGCACCCCUGCCCGGGCAGGAGAGGGAGUGCAACGGAAGAAACCUCUCUAUUGGGACUUGUUUGAGCAUGCGCAGCAGCAGUUGCUGAAGGCCAAGCUGACGGACCCCAAAGAGGACCCCAUCUAUGAUGAACCUGAAGGCUUGGCCCCAGUCCCUCCCCAGGGCCUUUAUGAUCUGCCUCGGGAGCCCAAGGAUGCAUGGUGGUGCCAAGCCCGGGUGAAGGAGGAGGGCUAUGAGCUCCCCUACAACCCUGCCACUGAUGACUAUGCUGUGCCACCCCCUCGGAGCACAAAGCCCCUCCCUGCUCCCAAGCCUGAACCUGGUACUGCAACUGGCAGUGGCAGCAAAAGCUACAACUCAGCCCUAUACAGCCAGGUCCAUAAAAGCGGGGCCUCAGGGAGCUGAGACUGUGAGCUGUCUAGAGUAGGGACUGACAAGACUGGGGUCAAGUCAGAGGCCUCUACCUGAGAAGGAGGGCAAGGCUGAGGUGGCUAAGGAGGACCAUGGGGAGGUGGCACUAGGGAUCUAAGAAAAUGGUUAGAACCAGCAGAAGCCAGAAGGUGGGAGGGGCCGUGCUGUAUGAGACCAGGGGACCAGAGGGAUAGGGGAGUCAAAGGAAGGACAAUCCCAGGAAGUCCUAAGAAGUGGGGCAGAUGGCAAGGCUGAGGGAUGGGCUCUGUAUCCUCCUAAAGCUGUCCCUUCUCCACUUCCCCAAAGGAAGGGACAGCUGCGGGACCAGGUCUGUGGAAAGUGGUGCAUGGUCAGAGUGGGUGCAGUUUGAGGGGCCCAUGUGGAGGCCUCAGGGAGAUGUUGGACUGUGCCUGGAUUCUUACUCCUGCAUUGUUCUUUGCCAGAGACCUAUUUAAAAAUUUUAAAAUUCUCAUUAAAGUCAGCUUGGGUUUAAGAA